GCUGCUUCCGGCGGCGGCGGGCGGUUCCAGCGCGCGCCCGGGGCGGCGGCGCGCGGCGGGGGGUGGUUGGGGUGCGCGCCGGCCCGAGUGGACGCCGUCGCGACCGCCAUGCAGCUGACGGUGAAGGCGCUGCAGGGCCGCGAGUGCAGCCUGCAGGUGCCAGAGGACGAGCUGGUGUCCACGCUGAAGCAGCUGGUCUCCGAGAAGCUGAACGUCCCAGUGCGCCAGCAGCGGCUGCUGUUCAAGGGCAAGGCCCUGGCAGAUGGGAAACGACUCUCGGAUUAUAGCAUCGGGCCCAACUCCAAGCUCAACCUAGUGGUCAAACCCCUGGAGAAGGUGCUACUAGAAGAAGGCGAGGCCCAGAGGCUGGCCGACUCCCCACCCCCGCAGGUCUGGCAGCUGAUCUCCAAAGUCUUGGCACGCCACUUCAGUGCGGCAGAUGCCAGCAGGGUCCUGGAACAGCUACAGAGGGAUUACGAGAGGUCCCUGAGUCGCCUGACGCUGGACGACAUCGAACGGUUGGCCAGCCGCUUCCUGCACCCUGAAGUGACUGAGACAAUGGAGAAGGGCUUCUCCAAAUAGAAUUCUCGGAGCAUGGGGAGGUGCCCAACACCAGGCUACCGCUGCAUGUCGCACUAAGUGUGUUCUCCUGUUGCAGUUGGGCUCAUCAUCAUAAUAGCUGGCAUGCACCUGGCUCUGGCCAGGUGCUAGGCACUCCUCACAGCUUGACCUGGGUUUGCUUCCACACCCUCAGAAGAGGAGAGCCGCACAGCAGAGGCACCGGCGAUGAAGUGGCACAGCCCCAGUCGGAAUCCAGCGGCUUCUGAAAGUGCCUUGGUGUGAGAAGGAGGAAGGGGCCGCUUGGAGAGCUGGGCUCUCGCAUGUCAUGUUUAGCCCACUGAGAAUAUACCCUCAGGUGACUCCCUCCCGAUCCUGAAAGGGAAAGCAGCUGUCACCUGACUUCUGGCGGGUCCAACAUAGCCCUCAGCUUACCUCUGCAGGAGGCCAAGUGACAGCCAGCCCUGGAACCCCCCGACCCCCGCAGCUGCUGCAGCCAGUGUGCCAGUGUGCGUUCGACAAAUGGAAAAGCAGAUUGGGGCCAGGGAGUCAGCAAGGCACCCCAGCUCUGUGAUGUGACUUUGGGCGAGUCUCAGUGCCACUUGGUCCCCAGCCAUGGACUCUAUACAGUGAGGGCCACUCACCGACCUGAGUCAGUAUCCUCUGUCUCACAGGGCCCCUCUCCCUUCUGUUCAGUAAACAAACUGAAGCCAAAAAUGAAGCCGUGGCCAAGUGUGACCCAGAGAUGGGGUGUCCUGGCCCUUAGUGACACAGCUCCUCUCUGGGGCACCCUAUCUGCUUGUCUCGUCCAGGAAGCGUUAGGGCUGAUGGGUGACUCAGCAAGGCAGUGUCAGAGCUGGGACUGGGCGUAGGCCUUUGUCCUCGUCCCCAGCACUGGCCUCCCUGUGGAAGAUGAACACAUCCCAGCCACCUGUGUACAGGGGCUCACUUUGUGUGCCCCUUGUUGCCUGAGAGGAAACCUUGGGGUGCCAGGGUGGGGGCAGAAGCAUGGGCUGGGUUCCAGUUCAUCCUCCUCCACCCUGCCGUGUGUGCGGGCACAAGAGGACAUCUAACCACCUGCUCCUUGGAGGAGGCCCCCAGGGGUGGUAGAGGCUGGAAGGAAGCCACAUCAGGAGGACACCACUCCGGCCCUUCACCCUUGCCAAGUGAGCUGCUCACAGUGUGGUCAGGGCUGCGCAUGCUGGAGGCCCUCCUGCCUGGGCCUUGUGGGGCAAAUAUUGGGUCCCCAGGCUGGAAAGAUGGACAAAGGCCCAAUGGGUGAAGGCUUUGAAGAGCACACAGAAGCCCCUGGCCCCCCACGAGAGCUGGAGAGCCAUAUAUAUGGCUUCAAAGCCACCUAUGGCAGGGACACACUUGUGAGCAUGUGUGGCCUGCAGUUCAGGUGAUACAUUUACCAGUGUUCUUGUUUGUGCGGUGCCAGGAAAUUGAUUUUGGAAAGUGAAAUAACAUUAAAGGUGAAUGUGAGACUUCUACUUUUAUCCAAAAGGAGCUAUAUUAGCUAGGCUGUUUCUGAUAUCCAAUCAUUGGUUUAACAAUAAAGGCAAUUUGUUUAAUCAGUUAACGGAAAUUUCUUGGCUUAUGAAAGUGAAAAGUCCAGUGGUAUUGGCAUUGGCAGCAGGUGAGCAAUUUCAUCCAGUGUCUUCUGCCUCCCUCUGCGUUUGUAUCUGCUAUAUCCCAGGCCACCACCUCCGAGGAUGAAAAGAUGGCUGCCUGCAGCUUCCACGGAAUCCCUCCCUCACUGCCAGAGCAGCAUCUUCUCUGUGUACCACCUCUGCUGUCUCAGAUGCCCCCAGCAAAUAAACACUCUUCUCGUUGGUCAGAA